AUGGUUAAUAAAACUGGUGUCAACGGUGCCGGUAAAAAGAUCUACCCACCAGAUGAUGUCUUCAAAAACGUGCUGUUGACAUACUCCAGACACUCUCUCUCGCAGGACCAAAAGUUGGCACGUCUACAAGUAGAUCACCACCUUAGCAUUGGAAAGACCAAGUUGAACGAACUUGAACGCCGAUUCAACAUUCCAUCCGUUCGCAGGAAUCGACUAGGAGCAGAAGAAGUCGUUCAGCUUGUUGUUGAUGAGGUUGAAAAGGACGUGACACAGAAUAAUGGCCCGAAUUACUUCAAGGCGAAGCUCAAAGACAAAGACGUCAAAGUCCCUCGUUGUAUGCCCCCUGGAAGAGACACCGUUAGGAAGAUUAUGCGGGAACAUUUUCCAGAUGGUGCAGAGAAACGAUUUCCAGGAAAAAAGAAGUUUAAAGCUUUCCGAUAUAUGCAUACCGACUCCCGAGACAAAUGGACAGGGCAACUACCACAAAUAGAUGUUGUUCCUGACAGUCGUUCUCCUGGAGCUGUAGGCCACCUCUAUCUCGAUUUGCUAGAGAAACUGGGAGCACUUCUGAAAAGUGUUCACAACAUUAUCAUCGAGGCAUUGUGGCGGUGGCUUCGUGAGAAAGCGGGUUACAAUUUGCGAGAAGUCAUUCUACAAGGCAAAACUGACCGUCUGAUCAAUCCUGAGGUCAAUUAUCACCAGCAUUUGUUUUACUGGAUUUUUGUUCCACUCAUUCAAAGUGCCCUUGACGAGUUCCAUGUCUAUUGGAAUCAGCGCACUGUCCGGUGGCAGUCUGGCAAAGACAUGCCAUCUGGACACGUCCCUGAUGACGCCGCUGCUCAUCCUCAGUUUUAUGGUGGAAUUGACUGCCUCAUCCGCUUACCAAAGGAUGUCAUUUCUGACCUUCGACAAUAUCUGGCUGAUGAAGCAGGGCCCAGAGAGGAAUUCCGGCGGUUUUAUCCUGAAGAUUUUGUGCCUGUUGCCGAGGAGGUAUACCUAUCUGUUGGCCGCCCAGAGUUAUCGCUUCUUACUGCCUGGAGGGUUUUCAGCAUAGAACUAUCAGUUAAUAUAUGUCGUUUUCGUGUUCACCUUCCCAAACGAGCGUCGGCAAACGCCGACACACGAUUUGGUGCCAUCAACAACCCUCAACCCUCUUCUUCCUCAACUCCCACCAUCCUCCAUAACACCCCUCCCUUGCCGCAGCGCCACCACAUCGCCCAUGGCCACCACCGCCCACUACCGUCGUCAACCGCCCACACCAACCUCAGCACACGCAAACGACGAUGGCAACAACGUGCCAAUGCCACGUCACCACCCCCAGUAGCCGAACGAGCGCCUGCCGCGUCGACGGCAGGUAGUGAAGACGACGUGGCACGUCCAGAGGGACCGUUGAUGUGCCACGUCAUCGAAAAGGCCACGUCGCCAACGGCGACGUGGCAACCAUACGACACACCACCACCAUACGGCGACGCGACAACAACGACACAGCACGACGCGACAACAACGACCCACGACGACAAUGGACGACGACCAAGCCACGACCACGACCACCACGCACGGAUGGAUGACAACCAACCCACGACCACAAGACACGACCACCACGCGAUUCGCGUGACCACGGCCAGAACACGACAACGACACGACCACGCCCACGACGAGGACGAGGACGACACAUCAACGGACCACAACAACAAUGACGACACGUCAACGACGAAGCACCACCACGACGCGUCGAAGCACCACCACCACGACCGACAACGCGACAACGACGAGCACGAGCACGACGACGCGUCAACGCGUCAACGACGAAGCACCACCACCACCACGCGUCAACGACCAGGACGAGGACGACGUGUCAACGGCAAGCACGAGUGGUGGGACACCAUCUCUCCUCCCACCUCUGGUACUCUUCUACACCAGUCCCUGUCACCAAUGGAGCACAAGUGA